GUGUUCCACAAGUUAUCGCCGCCUCUUUACAUCUCAGCCCGAGGGCGGAGUUAGGCUCCCCCAUAGCCUCGGCCUGCACCGCCCCUCUGGCACGAGUUGAUGAAGAACAGAGGGGAGUCGGUUCUGUUUAGUGCAAAAGAAAGCAAUGCCCACAAGAGGACCAGCUUGUAUGAAAGGAGGAGGCCAGGAGAGAGAGGGAGGUUUGGAGUGGCGGCAGAUGGCAGACGUCACUAGAAUUCUAUCAACAUGAAGCCUGUAUCUCAAGAACGUUAGGAUUCUGGUACAGAAAAUCGGUGCAGUCCUUUAAGAUGCCCACAGAUAACCCUAUGAAGUGAAAGGAAUUGAAUGCGAGGGUUCAUCAUACAAGUAAAAUAUGAGACAAACCAGAGGGUGGCGUGGUGCUUCCUUACACGGGCGGGUCUCCAGCACUGCACGAUACUCACUCGUUCCCGGCGGCCCGUCAUGGCGACCCUGGGCCAGCUGGUCGCUAAUAGCCUGUGGUUUGCCUUUGACGCCCUUGACCACCAGAAGACCGGAGCAGUCCCUAAGAGCCAACUAAAGGUGCUGACGCAAAAUGUUGGGGUUCUGCUUAAGGUCGAGAGGCGGGUUGAGAACUGCAUCGCCGAGUACCUCAGCUCCCAGCACCUCACCUUCGAGCAGUACCUGUAUUUCCUGACCCAUGAAGUCCUGGCGGAGGUGGACGACGGGUCAACCAGCUACGAGGGCCUGAAGGAGCACCACGACGCCCUGGACCACACCUUCUGGCUGCUGGGCCGCCACACGUUGCUCCAGCGGCACUUCCCUCUCUUCUCCGAGGAUGCCGUGUUCAAGCUCUUCAGGAUAUUUUGUUUAUUGGCGGACAAAUCCUCGGAAAGAAAAGGACUGAUACAGGUGACCCUCAACACAGGUGAGGUGCGGGAGGUGACGCGGCAGCUGGUCAUCAGUCUGGGGAGGGAGUGGGACGCCCGGGACUUUAAUCAGCUGGCGGCCGUCAUCUCGCACUUCACCUUCCCGGUUUUCAUCACCUUCCUGGAGGGUCGCUACGCCCAGGACACGGAAUCCACGGCGCUGGACAAUGCAGUCAAUGAAAUCUAUGGCAACUUUGUGGAUCAGAUUUUAAAACACGGAAAGGUGUACCAGCGCGCCUGGUGGGCCCCAAUAUGGGUAAAGCGAGAUAUGGAAGUGCGACCGUGGGCGCUGAUAGCUCCCAGCCAUAAAGUCAGCCCUAAGUCUGCGGCCCUGUCGGUGGUGCUGGGGCGUGCCUACGUCCCCCUCACCUCCGCCGCCACGGUGCACAACAUCCCCGAUGAGCCCGGUGCCCGCCACUGCAGGUUCACGCUGUGCCUACAGAGUAACAAACUGGUCCAGCUGGCCGCCACCGACCACAGAAGCAAGAGUGAAUGGCUGAGGGCUCUGGACAUCGCUAUCCACCACUCGGAGGAGCAGCUGCCGUACCACGCCUUGCUGUCGGCGACGAGGAAACACGAGCACGCGGAGGAGGAGGCCAAGGAGACGGCGGAGCGCAUCAGACGAGACUCGCAGGCGGACAUCAUUGAGAACACGCAGGCCGAGCUGAUGGCCGAGAAAAUGGCGCGCGCGGAGGCAGAAGCAGCCGCGCGGGAGGAGGCAGCGGCUCGCCAGACGGAGGAGAAGAGGGUGCUGGAGCUGCAAACCCUUCGCAUCCAGCUGGAAACUUUACUCGAAGAAGAGACUCAAGCUAAACGAGAUGAAGAAAUCGUGAGAAACCUACAAGCCCGGGUGCUGAGGGAGGAGUGGGAGAGGCGCGAGGAGCUGGAGCUGCUGCAGGAGGAACAGCGAAGGGUGCUCGAGGAAGAAACCAAAAAGAGGCAGGAAUUUGAACGUCAGCAGGAGGAGAAAGACGCACAACUCAGAGAGGCAGAGAAGAGGCUGAGGAAGCUUGAGAGUGAGCGCCUUCGUCUGGAUCACGAGCUGCGGUGCACGAGGGAAAAGAUCGUGAUGUCUGAGCGGGGCAAGGAGCUCAUUGAGGCCAGGAUGAAGGUCAAAGAAAGGUCACCGCCUGUCCGCACCUACUCCCUCCGCCCCGUCAAGAAGGAGCGCGGGAACAUUCCGAAGCGGUCCUCGUCCUUCAACACUCAGGCCGCCAGACUCUUCAAAUUCCGAUCCAAGAAUGAGGAAAGCAACGAAAACGGGAGCGAACAUAACAAUGGUACCGUGGAAAGUAACUGAAAAUGGGACCGUUACACACUUAAACUCCUUUUAUUCAGACGUGAUACACAAAAAUUGAUGCUUUACAUACGACCGCGCACGCACACAAACACAAAAAUAAAUUAACACAAACAGCAAACACGUAACUGGUCAAUGGAAAGAAGUUCAUGGUUGAUUGAUUUGAGAUUCUGCUCUGCCCUCUGCUACUUGUGCCAAAAUAUCUUAGGUCAACCCAAAUGCAACGUGAAAGUGAAGAUCCGGGAGCAGCGUGAGCCAGGCAACAAAAUAUCGCCAGUGUAAAAAAAUCCGCCCGACAAGCAAUGCCCCGGCCUGUAGGAAGCGUAAAAGGACUCUAUACAGGCUUUACGUACAGCUUUUGUCACGUUUUGUGUAUAUAAAGUGCGCACACACACACACACACACACACACACACACACACACACUUUAUCCAUCUACUCAUUCGCUCAUUAGCUUAAACAUUUUGUAAGUAUGAGUGCAAUAUUAUAGUAUCAACCUUGGAAAAUCGCAUCACAAAAGUCGCUCUACACGUUAUGGGAAGUCAUGUGUUGUGUCUAUUGUCACCAAACGCAUUUACUCACGAGUGCUGGUUUACCGCAACGACUGACAAGCAGCGUUGCCAAAUUGUCGUACCCAUCGAAUUGUAUUUUCGUAGUUUCUGACCAAUAACUAU